UGUAAUUAGCUGAAUCAAGUCACUGCUAUUUCCCGUAUAAGUGUGUGCACAGGACAGAAUCUAGCCGGGCAAACAGCCUACCUCCAAAGCCAAACCUAAAGUGUCCCGAGGUUUCCAGGACCACGUAGUUCGACCUUCAGUUAAAGACCAACCUGUUGUGAAGAUGGUUCAGGGCUCCUGCAUUGUUUUCACUGCUGGCAGAUUAGAGUUUGAAAGUGUCUGACACAAAUUGCUACUGCACUGUUCAAUGUUUCAAGGAGACCCAGGGAAGUAAGUCUCUCCUCAUAGGAGAGACUAAAAUGCAUGUUAUGAAUUGUCUCUCCUUGGUCAAUGAUAAGGAAAAUGGGGCUAUUUCAGUUGCAACUGGAUUAAUGAUUGAAGAUACGACAACAGAACAAGUGCCACCACCUUCUCCUGCCCCGCCAUUGUCUCCACCAUGUUCAGUCACAGGUGCUGGUUUUACACCUCCACCACCCGGGGUGCCCCCGCCACCACCACCACCUCCUCCUCCAGGACCAACCCCACCUGCUCCAACACAGUUUAUAAAUGGGCAUGCCCCCACAGCAAAAAAAAAACGGAUGCGGAGUUUCUUCUGGAAAACAAUUCCUGAAGAGCAAGUCCGUGGUAAAACAAAUAUCUGGACUAUUGCUGCAAGACGGCAGCAGUUCCAGAUUGACACAAAAACAAUUGAGGAGCUUUUUGGGCAGCAAGAGGAAACCAACCCUCAGGGUCCUAGAAGGCGAACUUCAAAAUCAUCCUUUAAAGAUACUAAAGAAGAGAUUUCCAUCUUGGAUUCAAAAAGAAGUAUGAAUAUUGGGAUAUUUCUCAAACAAUUCAAAAAGCCUGCUCAGUCCAUAAUUGAAGAUAUUAAUCAAGGAAAAAGUGAUCCCUAUGGGCCUGAGACGCUGCGUGAAUUCCUUAAAUUAUUGCCAGAAGCAGAGGAGGUAAAGAAAUUAAAAGCCUUUGAUGGAGAUGUAGCAAAACUGUGUCAAGCUGAUUACUUUAUGUAUUUACUAAUCCAGGUGCCAAACUAUUCUCUUCGGAUUGAAGCUAUGGUGCUAAAGAGAGAAUUCACACCUUCUUGUACUUCUCUGAAGAAAGACAUGGCAAUUAUAAGAACAGCUACAAAAGAGUUAAUGUCAUGUGAAGAACUACAUUCCAUAUUACACUUGGUCCUUCAGGCUGGGAAUAUUAUGAAUGCAGGGGGUUAUGCUGGCAAUGCAGUUGGCUUUAAACUCUCGUCACUGCUCAAGCUGGCAGACACAAAAGCAAACAAACCUGGGAUGAAUCUGCUGCAUUUUGUUGCUUUGGAAGCACAAAAGAAAGAUGUGGUUCUUCUAACCUUUUCAGAAAAAUUACAGCAUGUUCAUGAUGCAGCCAGAUUAUCCAUUGAUAAUAUAGAAGCAGAACUUCAUUCUCUAUCUGCCAAGACAAGAUCUCUUAAAGACCAUAUUCGACAGGACCCAGGACUCUUUCACCAGAUGGAAGGUUUUAUCCAGUUUGCUGUAAAAGAACUAAAAGAACUAGAAUACUGGAAACGAGAAUUACAGGAGGAAGGAAAUACACUUAUUGACUUUUUCUGUGAAGACAAAGAAACCAUGAAACUAGAUGAGUGCUUCCAGAUAUUCAGGGACUUCUGCAUAAAGUUCAACAAGGCUGUUAAGGAAAAUAGGGAACGAGAGAGUCAAGAAAUUCACCAACUGCAGAGAUUAAGGGAGCUGGAGGAAAAGCGCCGAUCCUGGGCCGCUGGAGAGCUUGGGAACUUUGGGAGAAGUAGCAGUGAAAAUGAUGUUCAGACGUUGGCUAAAAAAGGACUGGAGGAUUUUCUACCUUUCUUGCAGCAGAGACCUCAAAGUCCUUUGAAUAGAAACCCCAGCACUAGGCGCUCCCGACUGUCCUUAGGGAUUACUACAGAUAGAGAGCUUCGGACUUUCCUGGAAAUCUCCAAGGAUGAGGAUCCAAACAAAUUCAACAGCCUUCCUCGUGCAAACACACGACAAGCAAGACCCAACAUAGCCUUGACUGAAUCCAAAGAGCCUAGAGAUCUCCGUUUAAAUAACUUGAAUUUACACCAAGCAUCUGAAACCAAAAUGGAUAGCGCAGAUCUGUCUCAGUUGCCUUCAGCUCAGCCCAGUCGCUUACAAGACAUGGAGGUGGGCUCUACCAGUACUAACCUCUGUUACUCAGAAAAGGAUACCGACAAAAGUCAGCACAGGUCCAGUGUGCCUGGUGUGGAAGCAACAGAUAUAAAUGCUUUGGCCCUUGCUGUUGAGGAAUGUAAAGUUGUUAAAGGACUACAUAAGUCUGAUAUUCAAGGAACAAAACCUAUGGAAGACAUGCCUUUAAUAAACUUAGAGGAUGUUGAUGCAGCAGACUUAGAGACUCUAGAUGAUUUGAGCUUGCACUCCCUCAGCACUGUGGAUAAUGAUGAUCCAAUGCCCUCUUACAAAAGUUCCAGAGAGGCCGAUGAUUGUCAAGCCAAGGUGGCAAGCUGCAAAAAUGAAGUUUCAGAGCAUGCCAGUAGUGGCCCCACAUCUAUGGAUACAAGUGUUUCUGGCAGUAAAGAACAUGGGCCGACAUUCUACUUAUCUGAUACUACUGAUUGUUCUCUGACUUUCAACUGUUCAGAAGGAAAUGAUUUAAAAUUAGUUGGCAAUGAAAUGAAAGAGCAAGAUGGCAGAGCUUACUCUUGUGCAAAUGAUGCUCGAGGUGGGAGUAGUACAGUCACCUCAAAUCUGAAUUCAUCCUCUGCAAAGGAAAUUUCUCUUCAUACUUCCUCAAAUGACAAAGAGGAUUCCAGCAGCAAGCACAACUUUCCUAAGGAAAAGCCUGUAAAAUAUAGAGAAUCCUUGGGACCAAAGAGAAACUCUCUAAAAGAUAGAUCUCUAAACUCCUCAAAAUCCAGUGGCACUCGCCCUACCCAGACAACUACUGCCAGACCAGUAAGAACUUUGAAUGCAUCUGAAAAUGUGAGUAUGAGAAAAGUGGUGCCCAUUUCCAGGUCAAACAAAGCACCAAGCAGUCUGAAAAAGCCAGAAGCCAAACCAGCACUUCGAGAGGCCAGUACAGCUGAAACACAACUGUCACGUCGCAACUCUAUCCGAGGCACAACAGAAACCCUUCCAAGAACUCCUUACAGGCAUAGCUUAUCAGUAGAGGAGCCAAAAUUGCAGCGAGGGACUGCAACUUCCAGCAGUGCCCAUUUUGAGAGGGACCAAGUUCAGCGCAAGGGCUCUCUUAAAGUGCUAGGUUCUAAAUCUGUCCGAAGUAUUCCCAAAUCAAAACCAGAUGAAAGUAAGAUUUGUCGCUCCACUGUAAAACCCCAGGCCCCUCCAGAUGCUAACAAAAGCACAACAGCCAGUGCUCCCAAGACACCGUCCUCUAUACCAAACUUUGCAAGGAACACAGUGGCCUCUUCCUCAAGGAGUGCAAAGGUGGAUCUACCUAACCCUUCGAAAACUCCAAGCAUCACAAGAUCAGUGUCUCAGAGGCUACCUAGAAUGAGGCCUGCAGCAAACUCUGAUGACCUCAUCCCCAAGGAGAAUACUGGAAACCUCCUAAAACGAGCAAGUAGUGCUAGAGUUGUCAAAAGGAACACAGACCAUAGUGAUAUUCUCAGUGCUAAAGUGGAACCUACAGCAAAGGAACAAGGUAUAAUGGAAAAGUCGUCCCUUAAAUUGAAAGAUGCAAACCGGACCACAAUAGGGAAGAUAUUUAAACCAUUAUUGAAAUAAGGGUUUGGGCUUUUUGACAUCUUGGAAUAUGAACACAUGUUUAAGCACUGGAUGUCUUGUGAAAUAUCCAAAACAGUAAUAUCACUAAAAAGCAACAGAGUCCUGUGGCACCUUUAAGACUAACAGAAGUAUUGGGAGCAUAAGCUUUCGUGGGUAAGAACCUCACUUCUUCAGAUGCAAGAUAGUAAUAUCACUAUUUAUCUCCUGGUAUCUAAUGUACAGUACACCAUCAGAGGACAGCAACUACUUUUGUUCUGAUCUUCGUCCUAUAAGCAUGAAUUUGAAUGUAUUUACUGUGGUGGAGUACAAAUGCCACAAAUCUUUUGUGCAUUUGUGGUAUAGUACAUUGUUAAAAAACAAACUUGAAGGAAUUUUAAAACUACCAAUUGAAAUGAUUUUGUGACAUGAGAAGAAAAAAAAAGAGGGGGUUAUGGCCAGUUUUUGUACACAGGAGCUUUUUUUUUUUUUUUUUUUUUUAGGCGUAAGCAGUUAUACUAGUUGGUUCCUUUAUUCAAAGUUAAAACAACGCCUUUGGAAUAGUGCAGAAAAUGAACUUAGGUGAAGACACUUUCUGUCACUCUUAAUUCCUUGGAUUCAGGAGUCAUCUGUGCCUGUUGCAAAGUCCAUUGCUGGCAAUUGGACACACUGGGAACCGCUGGCCUAAAAAUGGUGAAACAGGACAUUCACUGUUUGUGGCUGUCUUAACCUCAUUGAAGAAUUUAUGGCAUGUCUUAUUGUGUAUGUGUGUCUGUCUGUGUAGGAAGGAAGGAAAACUCUGCUGAGCAGAAAGUUUAUUCUCCAUGAGUGUGGCAGAAUUGUCUUGCACGUACAAGUAGAAUAUAGUAAAAAAAUGACUGGUGCUGGAUGUAGUAGCGUAGCUGGAGGUCAUGCCUAUUGGAAAUAUCACCAGUAGCUGUUAGGGAUAAUAAUUACUCAUGUUCUGACGCGUUUCAGUCAGAUGCAAACUUGCCAGCUUUUGGUAAUACAAAAGUGCCAUAUUUAUAAUACAUAUCAAAGGUGAUGCAGCUCAACAUUUGAAGGCUGCAACCUGGUGCCGAGCACUUUCUUACCAUUCCUUAUUUCCACUGGUUUAUCUACUAUCAAAUUACUUGAAUGUUGCUAUGGCUCCGAAACAGCCAUUUCCCUGCCGCCUCCUCCUCCUCUCUUUGUCAGCAGGAGCAUUUAGCAGGAAACACACAGCUUACACAUGGACAAUGUUUUGUAAAUUAAGCUGCUUUGGCUGCUUCAAAUGUGGUUUUUAAUGUUUAAAGUGGCUAAAGGAUGAAUUAAAGACAUGUUUUAAACUAGUGUUUCAUAAGCUUUUUUUAAAAAAAUACCUUUUCUUUUUCUGCAGAUACAAAUUUUAACACCAUGUCAGACUAAGAUACAGAGAAUGAGGGAAAACUUGUUUUAACAUGCUCUGUGCCUUUCCAAGAUAAAUGUAUGUAGGUGUGGGGAAACUGACUGUCUCCAAACAUCUUAUUUAAACAGUUGCCUUUUUAUUCACUUAUGAAUGAAACCUCAUUUUCAAAAAAACAACAACAUGCAACUUUCCAAAUAGAUUUCAUUUUAUCUCUGCCUACUGAUACAUCACUCCCACUACCCCCUUCCAUUAGGAGUGUAUACUUCAUUCAGAAUUAGCUACCUGCCCAUGCACUUCCAUGGGCUAGCAACCAACCAGUCGGGUACAGCCAGCUGAUUUUAAUAAAGCAAGUGGCCCUUAACCAAGCAGAUCCCACUGUAGACAGCAUACCAAAACACUAUCAGCUGUUCCAUGGGACCUCUUGUGAAAGUCUGUCUCAAAGUGAGAAUUUUUAUAAUCAAUUCACAGGCAAGGACCUCAGAGUGAAUAUUGCUUUAAAUCUUAUAAGCUUUAGGAUCUUCCCUCCCUUGUGGGUUAAAUAUGAAAGUGUGUCCCUUAGCCCUCUCUGUGUCCUUGUGUACACAUUUGUGAGAGCAGGUGACUUUAAAAAAAAAAAAUCUUUUAUUGGUAGUAAGCUUGAAAAAAAGUAAUUUAAAUGUGUUUGGAAAAUGUAAAUAAAUAUCUAUAUAAAUAUCUGUAAAAACAAUGUAUUUAAUGGACCAUUUAUACAUUUCUGAGUAACUUGGUAGUUUAAUAAAGUUCCCACUUACCGGGGUCGUGCUUUAUA